UGCAGGCCCGCAGAUCACAUCCGGGGCUGGUGAGCGCUAUUAGCCCUUCAGUCCGACCCGGAAAACGCACACCGCUGUCUUUCUGCUCGACCCCGGAGCUUCAAGCCAAACUCGCGGACAAACUUCCGAGAGAGUCGCGGAGAAGUUGCUCGGCGAUGUUCGAGAGACUCGUCCAAGUGUCGCGGUGAUAUGUGCUAGCAGCAGCAGGAUGCCGUAUGUGGACCGGCUGAACCGUGUUUGUGGCUUCCUGGACAUUGAGGAGAAGGAGAACAGUAGUCGUUUCCAGAGGCGAUACUUCAUCCUGGACACGCAGGGAAAUGUGCUGCUGUGGUACAUGGACAACCCACAGAACCUGCCCAGUGGAGCCAGCUUUGUGGGCAGCCUGAGACUAACCUACAUCUCCAAGGUGAGCGAGGCGACAGCCAAGCAAAAGCCCAAGACGGAGUUCUGCUUCGUUAUCAAUGCAGUGUCCCGGAGAUACUUCCUGCAGGCCAACGAUGUGAUGGACAUGAAGGACUGGGUGGCUGCGCUCAACAAGGCCAGCAAGAUCACUGUUCCUAAAUCUGGUUCUGCAUCUUCAAGGCCCAAUGUGAGCAGCACCAACAGUGACCACCAGGGCGGACAGAGGCAGCACGCCUACAAGGCGGAGAUCGUUGGUGGUGUGGUGGUGCACACUCCUAUCCAGAAUGAAGCGGAGGAGGUGGAGGGGAAAGCGAGACCAGGUGUGGUGAAGUGCGGGUACUGCGUCAAGCAAGGGAACGUGAGAAAAAGCUGGAAGAGAAGGUUCUUCACUUUGGACCACAGCUCGGUCUGUUACUACAAGUCUGAGACGGAGAAGGAGCCGCUCCGAUCCAUCCCACUGAGAGACAUUCUGAAGGUGCACGAAUGCCUGGUCAAGUCAGGUGAUCUUCUGCUGAGAGAUAACCUGUUUGAGAUCAUCACAAGCUCUAGAACAUUCUACAUUCAGACUGAUUCUCCGGGAGAGAUGCAUGACUGGAUCAGGGACAUAGAGAUGAAGAUUCAGGAUUUCAGAGGUCCACGGAAGGGAAGUCUUUUUCAGAGAGCGCCCUCUGUCAGUGGAAGCCAGAACGCUUCCUCUGACUGCCGCGGCCAACUGGGAGAGGAGCGGCGCCCUACUCUGAACAAGUCCCUUUCCGUGGCGCCGGGCUGGCAACCGUGGACGCCGGUGCCUCCGGGAGACGCCUUCAUCCUGGAUGGAGAUGAUGACGACUGCGCUUUUAGCUGUGCUCCAGCUGCACCUUCCCACUCCUCGUCCUCCACCUCCUCUUCUACCUCUUCAUCCUCUAACUCCCUGUCAGCUCCGGUCAGCGCACCUCCUGUUACGUCAUCCAGUGGACUGGGGAUGCUGGCGGGGUCGAGCGACGCCGCCCGUGCACGUCGCAGGCACCGCUCACACCCGCAGCCUCACACGUUCUCCUUCAACCUAGACGACGACAGCAUCCGGACCACGGACGUCUGACUCUAGUGGUUUAACCUGUUGGUACUUGUUUUGAGAUAGACGUGUACCCAACUAUUGAACUAAUACUGUGAUCACCCUUUCAAUACAAGUGCCUCUUAUUGGCGCCCCCUGCAGGUCGCGGUGCAGUGUUGCGAAGGUGUUUGGAUGAAAUGGGACCAGUGUUCGACGUUCACGUCACUGUGAAUGUAAAUGAUGGAGGAUUAGUUUUAGUUCUAUUUUUUUUUUUUUAGCAAGGCAAGAAACUUGAAUAAUUGAAGGUGAUCUAAAAAUUAAUGGCACAUCUUUUAAUCUUUUGCACUUUUCCAUUCAUUUAAAAACUAUUCACAGUAUUUAAAACUCAAAUAUUUCCAGUGCGUGUUCAGAAAAAUGACCUGUAAUAUUUUGAAUUCAUGAUAUUGUCUGUUUUUAUUAACAAGCAUUUCACAGACGGUCUUAUUCAUUAAAAGUAUUUGGUAGGUUUCAUGUGUUAUAGGUACAAACUGGUACAACAAUGGAGGUUUUAUGGCGCAGCACUUGUCGAAUGUGGUUUUUUUUUUGUAUUGUCAAUUGUGUAGCAAAUAAUUACCACCAACGGUCAUAUUCAUAAUACAAAACCUCAAAAGCUAUUCUAUUGGUACUUUUUAACUGGUUAUUGAAUUUAAUUUACAUAUUUUGCCUUCUGUUAAAAAAAAGACAAAACAAUUUUGCACGCUCAAUAAGUCAUGUUUCCAUUUUUGUUUUUUGUUUUGAUGAUGUUUUAUUCUCUAUACCUGCUCACAUGUUACUGUAACACAACUCACAGAAGGUAUGUGUAAAUGGUACAACUCUUUCAGGUUUGUCUGGUGUGUUCACUUGUCUGCAUAAGCAUGCCAUUCCUUUGACUUCUUGUCCAUUAAAUAUAGUGUUUUUUACAUUUUUCCUGCUUUUUAUUAAAUGAUGUCCCUUCACAGUUCUAAGAUUUAUUGACAGCC